AUGUUGAGGAGGAGCGGGAACAAAUUGGGAGAGAGAUGUGCUCGGAAUAGGCAACAGUCCAUCCAGCCAUCCGUCUCUGUUCUCAUCGCCUCACCGCGGGGAGUCUCUUCAACCGUCGGCAAUCCCAGCGACAAUAUUUCAUCGGUUCUCCUUUCGUCGGAUCCCGAUCACCCAGCGAUGCUCCUGGUGGGUAGGGAGGCGAUGGAUGGAUGUGACGCCUUAAAAAUCCGUCAGGUAGAAAUUAUACAAUACUGA